GCCCCCGCGGAAAAGGAGCCCCGCGGCGCCUGAGCCGAGCGGAGGAUGGAGAACCGGCCUGGGUCCUUCCAGUACGUCCCUGUGCAGCUGCAAGGGGGGGCGCCCUGGGGCUUCACCCUUAAAGGGGGUCUGGAACACUGCGAACCGCUCACGGUGUCGAAGAUUGAAGAUGGCGGCAAGGCAGCCUUGUCCCAGAAGAUGAGGACUGGUGAUGAGCUGGUGAAUAUCAAUGGCACUCCAUUGUAUGGCUCCCGCCAAGAGGCCCUCAUCCUCAUCAAAGGCUCCUUCAGGAUCCUCAAGCUGAUUGUCAGGAGGAGAAACGCCCCUGUCAGUAGGCCGCACUCAUGGCAUGUGGCCAAGCUGUUGGAGGGAUGCCCUGAAGCGGCUACCACCAUGCAUGUCCCUUCUGAAGCCUUCAGCUUGUCCUGGCAUUCCGGCUGCAACACAAGUGACGUGUGUGUGCAGUGGUGUCCACUCUCCCGGCACUGCAGCACUGAGAAAAGCAGCUCCAUUGGCAGCAUGGAGAGCCUGGAACAACCAGGCCAAGCCACCUAUGAGGGUCACCUCUUGCCCAUUGACCAGAACAUGUACCCUAACCAGCGUGACUCAGCCUACAGCUCCUUCUCGGCCAGCUCAAAUGCCUCUGACUGUGCCCUUCCCCUUAGGCCAGAGGAACCAGCCUCUACAGACUGCAUCAUGCAAGGCCCAGCGUUAACUAAGACCCCUAAUGGCAGACCUAAUGUGGCUGAGUCCUCAGGAGGUAGUCGGCGCACCAGUGGGGGCCAGCUGACUUCCAGCUCCCAGAUGUCAUCCCACCCACAGGAGGGUCACCACUCAGGGCCUGCCAAGGCCGCCAAGGCUGCCAAGGGCCCACCACAACCUCCAGUGAGGCGAGACAGUCUUCAGGCCUCCAGAGCCCAGCUCCUUAAUGGAGAGCAGCGCAGGGCUUCUGAGCCUAUGGACUCUUUGCAACAGAAGGAGAAACCAAGCCUAGAUACUGAGCUAUGCCCAAGGAACCCUCACAGGUUCUGCUGCCUCAGUGGACAAGACCAAGUGACAAAUGAGGGCCAUCAGAAUUGUGAGCUCAGCCAACCUCCUGAAUCCAAUCAACAGGGCUCUGAACACUUACUGAUGGAGGCCUCAAGCAAAGCUGUUGGAUUCCCAAAAUCAUAUGAUUCCAGCCCACCCAGCAAGGCUUCAGCAGAGAUAGCUAAGAGUUCUUCUUUUGGCAGCCCUCCACACCUCACAGGACCCACAGGCCAUCGCCAUAGUGCCCCUGAACAGCUGCUUGCAUCCCACUUGCAGCAUAUGCACCUUGAUACUAGGGGUAGGCAGGGGAUGGACCUCCCAACUGGACAGGAUGGGCAUGAGUGGACUCUGUCCCCAUUGCAUAGCAGCCAUACAGGAAAGAAAAGUCCAUGUCCUCCUAUAGGAGGAACCCAGGACCAGCCCAGCAAAGAGAGAAAGACCAGGCCAGUGGAUGAUAAGCCUAUGGGUUCGGGACACCAGAGGUCAAGCAGCUCCCCUCAUGAAGAGGCUGAUGGACAUCCUCCAGAAAGACGUUUUCAGGAUCCAAACAGAGUAAACAGAGCAGGCAAUGAAUUGCCCAGCCAGCAGCCCUCUGCCUCUGGAUCUCUUGUUCAACAAACCAGGGACUAUUCUUCAACCACUAAAGUAGCUGGCACCACAGAGGCAACUGAAGAAGGGGACAAUGAGCCCAAGGAGUGUAGCCGGGUGGGUGGUAGGCGAAAUGGAGGGACCCGGGGACGCUCAAUCCAAAACCGACGGAAGAGUGAGCGUUUUGCUACCAACCUGCGGAAUGAAAUUCAGAGGAGGAAGGCCCAGCUCCAUAAAAGCAAGAGUCCCUUAUCACAGCUGUGUGACACUAAAGAGCAAGUGGAAGAGGCCGAGGAGCCCCUAGAAAGUCCUCUACUUCCUGCCUCUAAUUCACCUUUGCUACCUUCAUAUAAAAAACCACCUAGCCCCAGAGAUAAGCUCUUUAACAAGAACAUGAUGCUUAGAGCUAGGUCUUCAGAGUGCCUUAGCCAAGCCCCUGAGAGCCAUGAAUCUAGGAUAGGCUUGGAGGGCCGAAUGAGCCCUAGCCAGAGGCCUGGCCAGUCCUCUUUGGGUCUGAACACCUGGUGGAAAGCAUCUGAUUCAUCCUCUUCAGACUCUGAGAAAACAAGUGUUCACCGUGGAGUCUGUGGAGGUCAUUGGAGAUGGUCUCCAGAGCACAACCUGCAGCCGCAUGUGGCACUAGCCACAGAAAGCUCUUCCAGCCCAGGAGAUAACAAGGAAUUGAAGGCUUCUACUGCCCAAGCUGGGGAGGAAGCCAUCCUCUUGCCCUUUGCAGACAGAAGAAAGUUCUUUGAAGAGAAUAGCAAAUCCCUAUCUACAUCUCAUUUGCCAGGUUUAACCACUCAUAGUAAUAAAACUUUUACCCAGAGACCAAAACCUAUAGACCAAAAUUUCCAGCCAAAGAGCUCCAGCUAUAGGGAAUUGAGGCGCCAUCCCAUGGACCAAUCAUAUCAUUCCACAGACCAACAAUAUCAUGCCACAGAUCAAUCAUAUCAUUUCAUGCCAUCCCUUCAGUCAGAAACUCCUACUUACUCAGAAUGUUUUGCCGGCAAAGGACUAGAGCAAUCCAUGUGUUGUAAGCCACUGCACUGUGGUGAUUUUGAUUACCACAGGACCUGCUCAUACUCCUGCAGUGUCCAGGGAGCUGUAGUACAUGACCCUUGCAUUUAUUGUUCUGGGGAGAUCUGCCCUGCUUUGCGAAAGAGAAAUAUGAUGCCAAACUGCUACAACUGUCGGUGCCACCACCACCAAUGCAUUCGGUGUUCGGCUUGCUAUCAUAAUCCCCAGCACAGUACCCUCGAGGACAGCAGCUUGGCACCUGGCAACGCUUGGAAACCCAGGAAGCCAACAGUGCAGGAAUUUCCUGGGGACAAAUGGAAACCAGUAACAGGAAACAGGAAGACCAGCCAGCCAGGGAGGGAAAUGGCUCAUUCCAAGGCUGACUUUUCAUGGGCAACCCCCUUCCAUCCUUGCCUUGAGAACCCAGCAUUGGACUUAUCAAGCUACCGAGCAAUCUCUUCUCUUGACCUCCUUGGAGAUUUCAAGCACUCCUCGAAAAAAACAGAGGAAACUUCAGUUUAUGAGGAGGAGAGCUCCAUGGCCUCCAUGCCCCACCCACUGCGCAGCCGUGCCUUCUCAGAGAGCCAUAUCAGCUUGGAUCCCCAGAGCUCCCGGGCCUGGGGGCAGCCUAGGAGGGAGCUCUUUACCAAAGUUGAUGAAACCCAGCUAGAUCCUUUGGGAACCAGGAAGAAGGCCUUUCCUCCUCCCCGUCCUCCUCCUCCCAACUGGGAGAAGUAUAGGCUCUUCCGUGCAGCCCAGCAGCAGCAACAGCAGCAGAAGCAGCAACAGCAGCAGCAAGAGGAAGAGGAGGAGGAGGAGGAGGAAGAUGAAGAGGAGGAGGGGGUAGAAGAGGAGGAAGAAGAGGGGGAGAGAGGAGAGGAGGAGGAGUUGCCACCCCAGUAUUUCAGUUCAGAAACCAGUGGUUCCUGUGCUCUCAAUACUGAGGAAGUCCUGGAGCAGCCACAAACCCUGGGCUUUGGUCACCUGGAGGUCUCAAGGCAGGGUACACAAAGCCUCCCAGCAGAGCAAGAGUCUUUUACUCUCCAUUCCAGUGAUUACCUGCCUCCAAUAAGGGGCCACUUGGGAUCUCAACCUGAGAAGGCUCAGCCCCCUUGCUAUUAUGGCAUUGGUGGGCUUUGGAGGACAUCGGAGCAGGAGACCACUGAUCCCUCCAAACCAGAAUCGUUGAUGGCAGAAGACUCCAAACCCAAGCCAGCAUGGAGCCAGAGCUACUUGUUUCCUGAAGAGCAGUUGUCCUUCAUGGGCUGGCGCUCCGAGAAGCAGCACCUCAGUCCCUUGGGCUUCAGUGAACUCAAGAAAACAGGGUCUGCUGCUACACUUGUCAAGCCCCUGGGUGCCACUGGUUCCAUUUUCCCCCCAUAUUAUUCUGCAACUAUGGAGGAGGCUGGGGCCAUUGGGGAUACAUCAGAAGUGGAGAGAUGCUAUUCCUUCUCAGGCAGAAGGCCUGCUCUACAGCAGGCAGUCUCAGAAGAGCUCAUGAGAGAUGUGGUGGGCCGUGACAAGUCCCUGGCAGGGGUGCUAACCCCAGCCUCCAACAUGGUGACCACUGCUGAGGUCAUGGGUGACCUCUUUGCUGUGGGAGAUCUGCAGUGGAGGGGCCAUCUCAAGCAGAAGUUGUACCACCAGGAAAGAAGAAAUUAUCGGAAUGUACAGGAAAGCCACAGGGUGCCUUUGCAAGAAUUUCAGCGCUUCUCUCCUCCUCAAGGGGCCCCAGGGAUUUCUACCUCUUACUCAGCUUAUUACAAUAUUUCUGUGGCCAAGGCAGAGCUGUUGAACAAGUUGAAAGACCAACCCGAAAUGGCAGAGAUUGGCCUAGGAGAGGAGGAAGUAGACCAUGAACUGGCUCAAAAAAAGAUACAGCUUAUUGAAAGCAUUGGCAGAAAACUUUCUGUCCUACGGGAGGCCCAGCGAGGAUUGCUGGAGGAUAUCAAUGCCAAUUCUGCCCUUGGGGAAGAGGUGGAGGCCAACCUAAAAGCUGUCUGCAAGUCCAAUGAGUUUGAAAAAUACCGUUUGUUUAUUGGGGACCUGGAUAAAGUGGUCAACCUGUUGCUGUCACUCUCUGGACGGCUGGCCCGGGUAGAAAAUGCUCUCAAUAGCAUUGAUUCAGAAGCUGACCAGGAGAAGUUGGUGCUGAUAGAGAAGAAGCAGCAGCUGACAGGGCAGUUGGCAGAUGCCAAGGAGCUGAAGGAGCACAUGGACCGGAGGGAGAAGUUGGUGUUUGGCAUGGUCUCCCGCUACCUGCCUCAGGACCAGCUCCAAGAUUAUCAGCACUUUGUGAAGAUGAAAUCAGCUCUCAUCAUUGAACAGCGAGAGCUAGAAGAGAAGAUCAAGCUUGGGGAAGAGCAGCUCAAAUGUCUCAGGGAGAGCCUACUCCUGGGGCCUAGCAAUUUCUAAUUCUACCAGCAGACUGUCAACAUCAUCACUGCCCAGCCACAAUGGGAAGUGCUUUCAAUCUUUGUUAGCAGUUUGUUAGCAAAUAGAUAGCAGUUAGUUAGCAGUUUGUUCCAUAUCCUCUACCCUGGAUGUCUCUCACUGCCCCUUACCAAGCAGUGCACCCACCCGGAGACUCUGGGGAGACCCCAAACUUCUACCCUAGGAAGUAGAAGCAAGAAGUAGAAACUGUAAUAGAGUGUGA